AUGGAUUCUAUCAAAUAUCCGCCGUCUCAGCGUGCGAUAAUCAUAGGCACUGAUGAAAGAGUGCAUAUACAGGAAAAUAUCGAGCUCCCUCAGCUAAAAACGGGGGAAUUCCUCAUUCGCACCGAUGCAGUAGCAGUGAGUCCGAGCGACACGAAGAUGCGUGGCGACUUCGUGACGGUCGGCGGCAUUCUUGGAACCGAUUAUGCUGGUACUGUUGUUGCUCUUGGACCCCAUGUUCCGUCCGUCAAAAUUGGCGACAGACUCUGCGGAGCCCAGAAUGCCAUGAACGCAAGCACUCCUCUCCGAGGCUCAUUUGGGGUUGUCAAGGACGAAACACGAGCGGCUCUCUUGCAUAGCGCUGUACCGUACGGCGCGAUUCUCGAACAUUUAGGUCUGUCGAACCCUUCAGACGCUGAUCCAGAGUCUCAAGCACCGUUAUUCCAAGCCAUAUUCGACUAUAAGCAGGGCCAAGCGGAAAGUGGAAGCAUCGGUCGAGCGAAUAUUGUUGAGUCCCGCACUUCACGGGCUAAAACUCCAUAUGACAUUGUGCUGGAAAUGAGUGAUGAUCCUAACAAGGAUCCCUUGAUCAUUCUCAAGCUGCAAAGCGAGCGAUAUGCUUCUGGCGAUGCUGAAGUUGUCAUGGACGCCCACACUUUCGAACGUAUAGCUAUGUAG